AUGCCUCAAAAUCAGGUACAGGACAAUGGUGCUGUGGGAACACAAAGUGGAGCUGCGACAGUGACAAUUCCCGCGGCAGUGCCUAUGCUACAACUUCGGGGAGCUGUGGAGGACCAACUGCAAGCACAUACUCGUGAAUCGAAAACUAGCGCGCAGAGGCAGCGCAGCAAAGUGCGUUGGAAGGAGGACGUAGUAGACAAUGAACAUAUGAACAAGAAAAAAUCGAAGGUUUGCUGUAUUUUCCAUCCACAACAGAACUUUGAAGACAUGGAUGGUGAAAGUUGCGAACAUGACUGUCACGAUGACUCGUCGAGUUCGUCGAGUUCGUCGUCGGAGUCUGAAUCUGAAAGUUCCAAGGGCAUGGACAUGGAAAGCAGGAGAAAAGCCAGAAAGGAAAGACGGCAUCUCAAACUGCAACAGAAGCGUUCUUCAAGUCCCAACGCCUAUGAGGUUCAACCAGAUUAUAGCCAACUUAGAGAUAGAUACACCGGUGCAGGCGAAAACAAUGUUCCGAAUUAG